GGUAGCUGUAGAGAUAACGCAGGGUAUGAGGAGGGUAGCUGUAGAGAUAACGCAGGGUAUGAGGUGGGUAGCUGUAGAGAUAACGCAGGGUAUGAGGAGGGUAGCUGUAGAGAUAACGCAGGGUAUGAGGAGGGAGGCUGUAGAGAUAACGCAGGGUAUGAGGAGGGUAGCUGUAGAGAUAACGCAGGGUAUGAGGAGGGAGGCUGUAGAGAUAACGCAGGGUAUGAGGAGGGUAGCUGUAGAGAUAACGCAGGGUAUGAGGUGGGAGGCGCAUUAUACAGGGCGCUCUCCUCACAGUCUCCGCCAGUGUACAGGCAGGACUGCGCAUGCGCGGGACACUGCUGCUUCUUCUCGCAGGGGCUCUGCUGAUUGUCCUGGGCCUGAGCUCUCCGGGGCCUCGGCCUCACACACGGCAGGAGCUGGGGGUGGGGGGAGCAGGGAAGCGGCCGACCACUUGUCUCCUUCACUACCAGCAUGGAGCACCGAGCUCCCACCGGCGGCCUCCCCGCUUUCAUUCAGGCCUAAAGCGGGAAUGAGCCAUUGAGGGAGCGAGGGAUCCGCACAUCCACCCCCGGGAGAUCUGGGGGAGCAGCGCUGACAUCAUGGCCCAGGAGAAGAUGGAGCUGGACGUGGUGGAGAUCCCUGGGGAUGGAAGCCUGAGGAGAUCCAACAGCGCCCCCCAUAUUAACGGGCUCAGUGAUCACUCGCAAGUGUUUCAACCCUACCUGGCCCGUGCACGCCGAAACAGCACUACCGUAGUAAACCGCCAGACCAUGGUGCCGUCUUCCUCUCCUGUCCGUAUUCCCAGCAGCAGACUUCAUCAGUUAAAAAGGGAGGAAGGAGUCGACUUAAUGAAUCGUGAAACAGCUCGUGAGCGUGAAGUGCAGACAGCAAUGCAAAUGAGCUUAUCCUGGGAGGAAAGCUUUAACCUGAGUGACAACGAUUAUGACAAAUUGGACAAACCUUCAUCUCCAAAGCGUGUUGACUUUGCCCCCGUGUCACCAGCACCGUCGCCUACAAGGGGAAUAGGAAAGCAAUGUUUCUCUCCAUCUCUACAAAUGUGUCUGGGCAGUAAUGGUUUGCCCCCAAGCCCUAUCCCCAGCCCUACCAGGCGCUUCACUAGCAGGAGGAGUCAGAGUCCCAUCAACUGUAUACGGCCAAGUGCACUAGGUCCCAUAAAGAGGAAAGUGGAAAUGGACAUGGAGACCCAACCAAAGAGACUGUUUCAAGGAACAACUACCAUGCUAUCUCCAGACAUGACGCACCUGUCGGAUUACAGCUGUCUUUCCUCGGACCUUGACAGCAGCAGCAGCAUCGGCUCCUCGUCUGACUCUGCAGCUAAGGAAAGCUGUGUGACCGACUCCCCCGCCGCCUGUUCCAACUCCUGCUCGUCAUUCAUAUCACUGGAUGAUCUGUCACCCAAGUAUAUAAUUUACCUCCUGCCUGAUGGACUGUUACAGGACUUGAAAAGUGGAGCAGGAGAUUGUGUAUUUUGUGUACAGAAUAGUAUGUACAGUAUCCGUGUACAUAUUGCCUGUGUGUCCCAGGAGGAAGGUGUGGACUUAAUGAAUCGUGAGACGGCCCGUGAGAGGGAGAUCCAGACUGCGAUGCAGAUGAGCCUGUCUUGGGAGGAGAGCUUCAGCCUGAGUGAUAAUGAUCUUGAUAAAUUGGAUAAAUAUUCUUCCCCAAAGCGCAUAGAUUUUGUUCCAGUGUCACCAGCUCCCUCACCCACCAGAGGAAUUGGGAAGCAAUGCUUUUCUCCAUCUCUGCAAAUGUUUGUGAGCAGUAACGGCUUGCCUCCGAGCCCUAUCCCCAGCCCUACCAGACGAUUCACCACCAGAAGGAGUCAGAGUCCUAAUUGUAUCCGUCCAAGUGUCCUUGGCCCCAUAAAGAGGAAAGGUGAAAUGGAAAUAGAAAGUCAACCAAAGAGACUGUUUCAAGGAACAACGAACAUGCUUUCUCCUGACGUCACUCAUCUGUCCGAUUUUAGUUGCUUUUCCUCAGACCUUGACAGCAGCAGCAGCAUCGGCUCCUCGUCUGACUCUGCAGCUAAGGAAAGCUGUGUGACCGACUCCCCCGCCGCCUGUUCCAACUCCUGCUCGUCAUUCAUAUCACUGGAUGAUCUGUCACCCAAGUGAAGUGACAAAAGGCCAGGCCACCGUGUCCCUGACCCUUUAUAUUUAAAGACUGUGGGAGAAAGUAACCCUGUGUAAUUUUUUUCCUAUGUUAUUUUUGUAUGUGUAUAUUUUCUAAUCUUCCCUCCAGCCUGAAGGAGACUCAAACAAUGGAGUGGAAGGGUUGUAAUUUGUGUACAGAAGGCUAUGUACAGUACAAUGCCGUUUGCUGCUUGUUCCAGGCCAUGUGUGAUGAGAUGUGCCAGUAAAGAUGGGAAAGACAGACCUAUUGGACCAAGCUGUUCUAUAAAGCUGCACGCUUUUCAUUCCGCAGGAGCCACAGAUCUCCCAGGAGGUUAUUUUGUAGGACUUUGCUAGUAUGUAAUUUCCACAGUAACGCUGUAUAUAACUCCCGGAUUUAGGAUGGCCGCUAUCGACUUUUUUUUUUUUUCUCUUGAUGAGUUGCUUGGGUACCUAUUGUGUAAUUUUGAUGGGGUCAGAAAAACCUCAGUGUAUAUAUAAUGGCUACAAAUUAUUUUUUCCUGUUGUCACAUUACUUCUACAAAGUAAGAUUUGUACUUUUGUCAUCUGUGUACCUUUUAUGAAAUGUGUUUUUAUGAAAGCUGCUUAGUACAUAGGAACUGCACAAUAGUAAGGAUUAGCCUGUAGUAUAUUUCCGUUGAUUGUCUUGCCACAGUGAUGGCCUCGGUCUUUGAUGGGGUGUUGCAGAGUACAAUGUUAAGGUUUUCUGCAACAUCCCUAUAGUGAUGGAGCUAUGUAAUACAAAAAGUAGUAUUUUCAGAAGUUAAAGGGGUUCUCCAGGAAUUAAGAAACUGAAAAUACUUAAAUAUUACUUUAUUAUAAAUACAUUCCCAUAUACCUUUCAUUAGUUAUAAUGGCUUG